AUGGGCUGUUACCAUGUCAGACGGAAGUCUCUAUUGAUUCCCAAAAAGGACGGAAAGUCCAUGCUCGUUGCGGGCGUAUUGAAGGCUGAAGUGUGGUCACCAUGCGAUCGGCUGGGGUCAAGGAGGAGAGGAUGUCCAAUGCCCCACGAGAUUGGCUCUGGCAAGGCAAAAGGUUCCUUGAACGAUGAUCGACCGAUAGAUGAUGAGAUAAACCGCCAAGAAACGCAGAAGUGA